AUGCCUCGUGCUCCAAGAACUUACUCCAAGACUUACACUGUCCCAAAACGUCCAUAUGAAUCAGCUCGUUUAGAUGCUGAAUUAAAAUUGGCUGGUGAAUUUGGUUUAAAAAACAAGCGUGAAAUUUACAGAAUUAACUUCCAAUUAUCUAAAAUUAGAAGAGCUGCUCGUGAUUUAUUAACCAGAGAUGAAAAAGAUCCAAAACGUUUAUUCGAAGGUAAUGCUUUAAUUAGACGUUUAGUUCGUGUUGGUGUUUUAUCUGAAGAUAAAAAGAAAUUGGAUUAUGUUUUAGCUUUAAGACCAGAAGAUUUCUUGGAACGUCGUUUACAAACCCAAGUUUACAAAUUAGGUUUAGCUCGUUCAAUCCAUCAUGCUCGUGUUUUAAUUUCUCAACGUCAUAUUGCUGUUGGUAAACAAAUUGUUAACAUUCCAUCAUUCUUGGUUAGAUUAGAUUCUCAAAAACACAUUGACUUUGCUAAAACUUCUCCAUACGGUGGUGGUCGUGCUGGUCGUGUUGCUAGAAGAAACAAAGCCAGAAAAUCUGAAGGUGGUGAUGAAGCUGCUGAAGACGAAGAAUAA